AUGCUAUCAUUACACUUCAUUUUACCUGUGUUUAUGGCAUCGGCAGUUCUUUGCUACGAUGCAAAAUUUGAUAAAAUUGAUGUUGACCUAAUUAUCAACGAUAAAGUCUUAUUCGCAUCGUACACGAAUUGUUUUCUGGAUAAAGACAGUUGCACGGCUGAGUUUUCUUCCGAAUUGAAAGAAUUGUUACCUGAAGUUAUUUCGGACGCGUGCGCUAAAUGUACUAAAAUACAAAAGGCUAAUCUCCGAAAAAUGUUCAAAUAUUUAUAUGAAGAGAAGAAAGAAGUCUUGCUUGAAUUGGAAAAGAAGUACGAUCCAAAAAAUCAAUAUAAAGACAAUUUUAUGGCAAUAUUAGAAAGCAAAGACGAA